GUCCCCGGAGGAGCGCGCCAUGGCGGGCGGGCCCCCCAAGGCCCUGCCGUCCACGGGGCCCCACUCCCUGCGAGACAUGCCGCACCCGCUGGCUGGCUCCAGCAGCGAGGAGGCCGUGGGUGGCGACAGCACGCCCAGCCCGGACCUGCUGAUGGGCCGCAGCUUCGGUGACAAGGAUCUCAUUUUGCCGAACGGUGGAACUCCAGCAGGCACUUCAAGUCCAGCUUCUUCGUCUUCCCUUCUCAACAGACUUCAACUUGAUGAUGACAUCGAUGGUGAGACCAGAGAUCUCUUUGUCACGGUUGACGAUCCCAAGAAGCACGUGUGUACGAUGGAGACCUACAUCACGUAUAGGAUCACCACCAAAAGUACUCGGGUGGAGUUUGACCUGCCAGAAUAUUCUGUUCGUCGAAGAUACCAGGAUUUUGACUGGUUGAGGAACAAACUGGAAGAAUCCCAGCCCACUCAUCUCAUUCCCCCACUUCCUGAGAAGUUUGUGGUGAAAGGUGUUGUGGAUCGUUUUUCAGAAGAGUUUGUGGAGACCAGAAGAAAAGCUUUGGAUAAAUUCCUAAAAAGAAUUACGGAUCAUCCUGUGCUCUCCUUCAAUGAGCACUUUAAUGUUUUCCUUACUGCUAAGGACCUGAACACCUACAAGAAGCAGGGGAUGGCAUUGCUGACCAGAGUGGGCGAGUCAGUCAAGCAUGUCACCGGCGGCUACAAGCUGAGGACUCGGCCUCUUGAGUUCGCAGCCAUAGGUGAUUACUUGGACACGUUUGCUCUCAAACUGGGGACCAUUGAUCGAAUAGCCCAGCGGAUCAUCAAAGAAGAAAUAGAGUACCUUGUGGAGCUGAGAGAAUAUGGGCCUGUGUACUCUACGUGGAGCGCAUUGGAGGGUGAGCUGGCUGAACCCCUAGAGGGGGUGUCGAGUUGCAUUGGGAACUGCUCUACAGCCUUGGAAGAGCUGACGGAUGACAUGACUGAAGACUUUCUACCUGUGCUCAGGGAAUAUAUUUUAUACUCUGACUCCAUGAAGAAAAUCUUAAAAGUUCGAGACCAGCCUGAGCAAGAGCGAGACUCCAAAAUUCAGCAGACAGCAAUCCGAGGCACUGAGAGGCCUCGAGUGCCAGCAGAUGUUGAGAAAUGCCAGGAUCGGAUGGAGUGUUUCAAUGCUGAUCUGAAAGCCGACAUGGAGAGGUGGCAGAACAACAAGAGGCAGGACUUCCGGCAGCUGCUCAUGGGGAUGGCGGACAAGAACAUCCAGUAUUAUGAGAAGUGCCUCAUGGCGUGGGAGUCGGUUAUUCCUCUGCUGCAGGAGAAACAAGAGGCCAAGUAAGUUCCUUCUUGGGACAGAGACUCUUCUACCUACGCAGGGCACGGCACCCCAUGCCGGAAGUCCCUGCAGUGCCAGAGAGGCGGCGCUGGGAAAACCACCACAGAAACAUCUCUCGUUUGUAUUUCUCCCUGCCCCCACCUCACCCCACAGUUGUUUCCAAUUAGUAUUUAUUCCUUGGUGGAUUCCGUGAGGCUGGAAUCAUCUCUCAGCAAAAGCAGAGCAUACCUCCGGGUUGUGAAGGAACCUAUUCGAUGGAGCACUACGGAGAUUUGAAACCGAGGGACAAGAAGAGCCCGCGGCCGGCAUCCUGCCAUUUCACGACAGUGUUCUCUUUGGGAACGGCUGAGUUGCCUGUUGUAGGAGAGAACCCAGAUCCUGCUUUGCAAGGACUCAAAAGGAGGCAGGAGUAGAAGGCAGCGGUUGCUUUCCGUGGAGACACGGCGGCUCUGCAACUGACCUCUGUGGGCAUUGACUUGUCUCAGCCUAGAAGGAGGUGUGGGCGCCUCCGUGGAAUGUCCUUAAUGUACAGUGGCCUGUAGCUGUGAGUGUGGCCUGCUGCCUGCUUGUGACGAGUGAGACCUGUUUUACUGUUUCUGUUUCACGUAGGGACAUUUGAAUCAGUGUCAAUACGCAUCCAUGCUUGAGGGAGCGAGCCAGCGUCCUUGUCCUUAUGCGAUGCCUUCGGAAGCUGCAGGGGAUGCUCCCUGAACUUGCUUCUGACACUAGAAUGCAAUAGAUGGGAAACUUUGUGUGUAAAAUGAAACAAAACGAUGCAUUUUUCUCUGUGAAGGUCUUCAGUGUUUUUCUUUAGCUUGUUAAUUGUCAUCAGAGCAGGGAUUAGAUCUGUUAGGGAAUACCUAUUGUCUUGAAGUCAGAGUAGCUCACCUGUCGGUGAGAUCAGUGGGCAUAUACCAAACCCCACCUCCAGCGUCUGCUUUGUGCAAUUUGCCUUUACCUCACCAAAAAGACCUAGUUUAAUAUUUCCUGCCAUGUCCACUGAAUGUUUGGGCAAGCUUUUGGUGAGAGGGCUGGAAUGUUGUGUUAUUAUGACACAGUUGAGAUUUGUAAACUCCAUGUGAAUGUUCUACAUAAAGUGCUUUAACCCUUAACAUUUCCUGGUCAGGAAGAGACGUCAGUACCUGGACAGGCCUCGAAGAUGACAAGUGUAACAGUGAACUCUUUGCUUUUAUUAAUAGUUGAGCUAAAAUCUCCUCAAUUUGUAGCCACGUUCUUGGGGACUGCUGGCUGUGUUUAGAGUCUUCAUUUCAAACUACUGCCAGGUUUACUUUUCAAAUCACAAAACAGUCAAAAAGGAUCUAUCUUCCAACUCCUUGUUUUUCCCCUCCUGAAAUGAAGCUGCAUAUGUCGUAUUUGUGUUUUUUCAUCUGCAGCUCAUCCCUGUAAAACUAUAAAUCUGAGCCUAAUAAGCGGUAGCUUUUAAUGAAACAGCUGCGUUGAGACGCUGCUUCUCAUGCAAGUUCACCUGCAGAUACUGGCCAACACGCAGCAUGCUGGAGUCACUUCAUCCCACUUCUAACUGCAGGGUCGACCUUGCAUCAGCCACAGCAGUGGUGCUGUUGGUGCAGCGGUUGAACAGCAUAGAGAACAGUUUGGUUCCGUGUCAUCGAGUUUGACAACAUCGCAGUUUAAAUGAUAAUUUUUACAUCAGUUGGUACUUGCCUGUACUGUCAAACCCUAUUCGUGCCAUUCCAAAGUCCUUCGAUGUGAAUUUUCAGUUCGGUACAAUUAGAAAUGAUUCAUUGGAGCAGAAGGGUAAGAACAACCUGUCUACCCCCAAGUGGCGAUUCAGCAUUUCAUUCUACCUCUAAACCAUCGUGUCGGUGUGGGUAUGGACGCUGGGUCUGACCUGACGCUGUGCUGGGAGAGUCAGGGUGUGUAUCGAAUAGUGAGCUGACAGCCCCCUGUUGCUAUUUGGCAGAGGACACCAGACCCACCCAGCAGCGAAUGCUCAUCUUUGGGAACAUGUGAAGCUUUGGCUUGUGGAGUGUGUGCUGUAAAAAUGUGCACUGUAAUGAAUGCUUGGGAAGAACUGUGGAAGGAAUUAUAGGAAAACCAGCCUCUGACUACCUGCCAGUUGCCAAAGCCCAGACACUUUCCUAAGUAAUGGUUCAUUGGGAAAGAAGGCAGCAUUUCAAAAAAAAUUACCAGGUUCCUCGCUGGGAGAUGGGGAGAGAGGGGCGUAUGUUUGUACAUUCAUUUCCUGUCCUCAUGGGAGGCAGAAGACUGGCUUUAAAGGGAUUCGGGCACCUUGGGAUUUCAUCCUGCUCUAUUUGUUCGGUCCCCAUGUGAUGCCUUGUGCUUUAAGACACCAGAAAGAGCCGGAACAAGGCAAACUUUCUCUCCUUCAGGCACGCUGUUGACAGCAGAGCCAGGAAACCAGUGUACAUGACAGACUUCCUUGGAGAAAUGGUCCUUGCAGAGAAGGGCCUCUUGUCCCUGCUUUCAGGCUGGCAUCUGAGGGGCUGAGGAAGCUGGCCCAGAAAGAAGGGGACAAUAAGUAGUCCUUUCCUACUCCUGUGACUCCCCCGGGCAUUGGCCUCUUCGUCUGGAUCAAGCACAGAGGAGACUCCCUAGGAGAAGUGUCACUCGGAGACUUUGGUGCCAAAGACUGCCCCAUAGAGGUUUUAUCACCCAAUCCUUCUUGGCUUCGCAAAAUUCUGGCCCUGAGAUCACUGUCUCCUCUCUUACAUUCAUUUUUCAUGAGGUUUCUGCUUGAAGGUGCACUUCACCUCAGGCAGAGGGACAGACGGCUUUGAGGCGUGAGCACAUGGCAGUGGAAUGGCAGGUCCCCCCAGCAACUGCCCAGGGCCUGGGAAACAAAAGCUUCCUUCACCCAGGUUAACAAUCCAGGCUGAGGCAGGAGAGAGGAUCCCUAGAAACUGAGCAGGUUUUAGAGAUGGAAGUGAUGUUUCAGAGAGCAGUUUUGAUUUGUAGCAAGUACGGACACUGCUCUUCCGUAUGAAUAUGGUAGAUCCACAAGAAGAUUCUAGGCUAUUCUACUCAAAGCAAGGAACUGCUGCUGCUUAAAUGAGGAGGGAACCUACUACCCAGCCAGGUUUGGUGUUGGGUCUUAUCCUUUAAUGAGGCUUUAUAAGGAUUCCCGGUGAACUUAAAGUGUGAUUAUGGAGGUGAUUGGCUCGGUAUUUUACUGUGCUGUUCAUUCAACUCACCAGACACCUUUCUUUAGCCGAAAUAACAAACCCGAGAGACUCCAGGUAUUGUGGUGAAUGUAGACUGAGUCUGCUUUCAUGCCAAAUUUCAGCCCUACCUGGAGUAUGUCCUAGAUGUUAUUAAAUCGAAUGUGUUUUCUCAGUCACCUCCACGUGGUGAAAUUAAAUGCAUACCUGCUGCUCACUUCUCGUGAGGCUGCCUUUUGUGAUCAAAAGAUAGGAAGUUCUGCUUUAGAGGAUGGCAUGAUGACCCCAUGGCAAUCAGCAAGUAGAGUUUCUCUCUCGGGACGUAGCCCAAGGAACAUCCUGAGUUUGUGUGACUUGGUCCUGCCACUGAUGGCUUUGAAAUCACAGGCACUGGCUCUGUUUUGACACCACUCAUUGGACUGCGAGGCAGUCAUUCUCUGUGCUCCAUUCCGGGCCAGUGAGUGAGGAUGGGGAGAGAGGUCAAGGGCGGCCUCCGAGGGCUGUGCUUGCCUCUUUGGCGUGGGUCUCGGGAUGGGCUCGCGCUGGGCUCUGCUCUGGCUAGGUGGUGUUGCUGGCUGCCAUGCAGGGCGGUUCCCCUCAGAAGUUAGACUGCCUGUGGUCAGGGCAGGGCGCACCGUGUGCACCCCGCCUUCCCAGAUGCCUACUUUAAGGGCCUGUGGAAACUGGGUCAUCUAAUUAUAUGGCUGGGGUAACACUGCUUUGGCCACCCUCAUUUACAAAAUGAUGACGGGAAUUGGGAUUUGCUGUCUCACUUUCAGAAGUCCUCAAGAUGGCAACAGAUUGGACACGCCCUCUCAUUGCUUGUAUUUUCCUCUGUUCAGAUAGCAGAUGGGUGGCAUUUUUCAGUAAAUGUGAGGCAAAUGUUCUCUCCUGGGCCAGCCCUACAGAUUGAGUUAGGUACGUUGGAGUUGUUCUCCUCUUCCUUGUGGUUUUUUAAUUGAGCAAAUAAACCCGGAACCCAGUUUUCCACCAACCCACCCUAUAGGUCGUCAGGUUUUGUUUUAAGGAUGUCUGGUCUCCCCGUAGUUACACAUGUCGGAGUGUGUGCAGGGGCUGUCUGCGCUAGAAAUGGUUGGGUGGCCUUGUUACAGGGAGAUCGUUCUUUCUUAAUCGUUUGUGUUUGAAAUGCAUCCUGGGUGUGACUGUCUAAACCUUUUUAUGUGGCAGAAAAAUAUGUUAUCUAGGUAGUUUUUGCUACUGUAGUCAGUCUGUAAAUAAGUGCUUUGAAAAAAUAG